CUUUGCCGUGCCAUAGUACCUACUUCAUUGUAAGGCUGCGAGUCGUUCGAGGUUCUAGUGUCCACCACCGACGACUUUGAGCUAACCUCACCGCAUGCUUCGAUGCUCGCCAGUUGAAUGGAGCCAAGAGCGGUAAUACUGGUUUGUGCUCUUCUACUUUCCAACAGCAAAGUCGCCAGUGUCGAGUGAGGCAACCAGCCAGCAGUGUGGCACUGUAUACCUAAGUACGGGGACAAGGAAGAUGCCGCCGCAGCAAAAACUGCACUGGUCUUUGCACUGCGCUGGGUCUGAUCUAUCAUCUCUCCUACUGUACACUGGCAGAUUUUGAGACCCUGCUACCCGUAACGCAGUGAGGGAUAUACCUGCCCACCAUGUCUACUUCGGGGAGGGAUGACCUGGAGUACGAAGUCGAGCGCAUUCUGGCCGAGGACGAUUCCUCUGGAGAAACAUUGUAUCUCGUAAAGUGGCUUGGUUAUCCGGAUUAUCAGUGCACCUGGGAGCCUUAUGAGAGCUUCUCGAAUCCGCAGACCCUCGCUGACUGGCACCAACAACUUGCUCAGGGCGACACGCUGGACGAUGAAGACAUAGCAGCUCUUCAGGAGCGCAUGAAUGCAUAUGCCGAAUCCGGUGAAGACGACUGCGAUCGUAUGCAGCGUGGUGUUCUCGAUGGCCAAAUUUCGGGGACCGCGGUUCAAGAUGAGCGUUCGUCCACUGACGAUAGCGAACUUGAACAGCAACCCAGAGAGUCUCUCCCUGCACCUGGUUCGAAGAGACUUCUAGAUGCUCCUGCAGACACGGAGUCCGCCCUCAUCAAGCAGCGAAGGCUCAGCCAGCCCUCAUUGAUAAAGUCCAGAUCCAGGGACCAUAAUGGCACACCAGCCACAUCCAGCAGCAAUCUGGCCCCACAAGCGCUCCGCAGCCCAACUCAGGGAAACGAUUCUUCCGUUAUGACCAUGGAUUCGACAAUGGAGCAAGCGAACAAGGCGUCUCGAAAUACACAGCAGCGCACUGGCGAGAGGUUCAAAAAUCUGAGACAUCAGAACAACUACCUCAAGCUUGCUCGGCGAGAACCGCCACCAGACAUGACCAAAAUCGACAUGAGACCACCUGAGGAAUGGAUCUCGUCGGGUCCAUCGCGGUCCGGGACAUCGGCUGGAAACAAUCGGCCAUCUACACAGAGAGAUUGCGAAGCGCAUAUAAUGGUGCCUAGUGAGGGCAGCGUUGGAGACAAACCCGAUCAAGAAUCCUCGCCAUCUCUCCCACGCGGACGAGGCGAUGAGAGUGGAAGUCGGUCAGUCUCCCAGAGAGCAGACAACGGUUUUGCUCCUCAGCCACGACCUGCUUCAUGCAACCUUGAAGUACCUGCCUUUAGUAGGCCAAUGGGAGGACCGCUAGUAACCGCUCGAAACGGACGGACCUGGCGUCGUGGCGACGUGGUAGUUCAUUUACUUUUUGGAAACCACGCAGUUGGGGACGUGAAGAUCCUCCAACUGCCAUCAUGGCUGAGGACCAAACUCUUGGCGCUGAAGAAGCCGCAGGAUCACACUCUGGACAUUCAUUUUCAAGAGCGGAAUGUUGUCACUGUCGUCACUUUCUCGGCGCUUUCCAGAUGGCUGGACAAACCUACUGUUGCUGUGGCCCCAAUCGAGUCUUAUGAAGAUACGAUCCAAGCGACGGACAGUCUGGCGGAGCAUUUGGAGACAAAUAAUGUUGCCGCCGUGUGGGAGUAUCCUCUUGAGAGUGAAACUAUCGUGAUGAUACUAUACUCCUGUCGGGCUGACGGAUGGCGCCAUUUUGGUCGACGGGAGGUAACAAUGUUUGAGCCACGCCUACACUUGCUGGUUCGAAACAAAUUGCCUGGCUUCCGUCUGGCCUCCGACCCUGUCGACGUGGCCGCUCAGCCACCACGUCCGGGUGCUGUACACACUGCCGUGCCUUUGUUCCAUAUGGAGGGCGUGGUCCAGAGCCCGAAUCAAAUUUCGACGCCGCCGUCGGUUGAGAGUACCAAUGACCUGGAUAUAUGGCCGAUACCGACAAGUAUGCGAUCGUCAUCAUCGUUGCAGAAUGCACUCGGAGGAGCUAGAGCUGGGCUCGCAAAUUUUCCAUUGACCGAUAUUAUAUUCUCUACUAACAUGGAAGACUUGCUUCAAAUCAAAGAUGGGUCAAAAAGAAAGCUAGCUAUAUUUCUUGCCUUUACGGUAUCACACCCAAUACAGGCCAACUCAGUUCAGAAGUGGCUUUGUAGCCACAUCAACCCACGGUACAUCUACACCGAUGCGGAAAAAGAUGGUUGGUCUGAAUGGGUGGAAGAAAUUGCCACGAAACGGGGUCUAAUUAUGUUCCACGAAGAACAUCCCUCGUAUUGUGAUCUAAAGCUCCUGUCCCGAUAUUUGGCGUCUCAGGCACGGAUCAGUUGUUUCAGCCUAUCCUUCGAACCGCGCGAUGAUGGACUUGUCUAUUGUGCAGCUUCCAAAAUAUUUCCACGAGGAACGGCGCUUUUCAUCACCGAGCGAGCAAUGCUAAGGUAUCCGGAAGAAUCUCUCCAUGCAAUGCAAUGGUUUGCAAAGUCCUCGGUGCGGAAGUUUGACAGCUGGAGAUUGUGUUUAAUCCCAGACGCUGUGGAAUGGAUACUCAACCAGGCGGGGGAAUGUGAAUCCCAGAAUCAGCAAAGUUACAUUGGAAUGCUUUCCGUGAUUCACAAGCUGCAGAUGGAGUCGUACAAUUGGAACGCCCAGCAACAGGAUCAUGACGAAGAAACCUUGCUCUCAAAUGAUUCGCUCCAUGAGCCACCCGGCCUUACACUGUCGCUGCCCUCUCUGACGUGUUAUCAGAGCCGCCACAACGAAGGCUCUCCUGAGAGUGAGGACACAGUUGGUGCACGCGAUGCAAUCCUCCUAGAAUAUUUUUGUGGCUGGGCCGCAAGCAAGGCCGGACAAUACCGAAAAUUCCUUGUCUUGGACGAUACGCUCACCAACAAAACACAACAGCACUCUUGGCAUAUACAAUUCUGGGAUCCCCGGAAGAUCAAGAGUGAGAUCAAGUAAUAAGGGAAGACCAGCCCCGGUCUCUUCCGCAUAAGAAACGGCGAUCGAUGUCUGCUCUUUCGGAACAUCAGUGGACUGCCUGGAAAGGUCACGCAAUUAUCUCUCCAUUCAAAUCAUCGUGUCAAGUCGUCUAAGCUCGUCUUGGUCUGCAGGAUAUAGCUAUGCAUUUGCUACCGGAAAUGGCAUCUCUUUGAUUCUGGCUCCAGCCAGUUGGGCACAUUGGGCACGGGGCAAGUCGCAGAGAGGACAUAACGUUUGCCGUGCUCUGCACAUAAUCUUGGAACACAAACUCUGGUCCCGCUAUGACUCCCUCCUUUUCCACAUCUGCUGCCCUUGUGCAGCACCACUUUGCACGAAUGGAGGUCCCAUAUGCUGCAUAAUCACCUCGACAUCUCCAGGAUCCCUUGUGGUGGCUGGAUUAAGCCUUAUUAGUCUUCCAGCUGGUACUGAGAAUUCCGCUGGAUUAGAGAUCUGUAGUAGUCGCAUAAUACCUCGGGCUUUGGUACUAUCCGCCACUCCAUCCUCGUAAGAAACUCGAGUUCCAAAAGAGCAAGUUCCUUCAUGCUAACACCGCCAACUCGGGCAUAUGUUUUGUUUGUCCAGAAGGAAUCACUCAGUCCCUUGCUGGCCACGGUGGCGCUAGUGAUCAAAAAGCGGUGCACCGUCAGGCUGCUGAUAGUAAAGGCCGGGUACAACGCGCAGAGGCGAUCAAUGUAGUAAACGACACUCAGCAGAAUCGGCGGAGAGAGAGUGGCGUGGGUGGUCAACCUCUGCAAGUAAUCAAGGACGGAGAUGCCAGGGGGCGCACGUGAAUGGAAUCUGGUCAAUUGCCCUUCGCGCAGAGGGAUUGCAUCAUUGUAUCUGAUGAGUUCCAUGAGCAUCGAACUUAUCAGGAUAACCAGAUCCCGUGUGUUGCAAUUUUCAUACUGCCGGGGCAUCAAGCGAACGGGAGGCGUGUCUGGCCGAGCCUUCUUUACUGGAGUUUGGCUCAUGGGGUCUUCCGUCGGUGGUUUGACACCGUUCUGCCCUGGCGAUGUUUCCGCCGCAGCUUCCACGGCUUGUCUUUUUGCCUGUCCAUGUCCUUCGUUGGCCAUUUUCAACGUACUGGUCGACUCGGUCGGGCUUCUCUCGCCCCCUCCUGCUUGAGCUGGCUGAAGAGCCAGGCCCGUGGGCCUCUUUGGUUCUUCCUUUUCAGUCAGCUGGAGGCCAGCGAUGGUCGAUGUUGGGGUCUUUGUCCCGGGCGGGGUGGGCGCUUUCUGGCCUGGCGGAGACCACUGCGUGCCUUUAUCGACCAUGUUUCGCGGGCGAAAGCUUGGACUGUAGCGGUCUAGUGACCUUGUGCUUGCGUUCCGGGGUGCCUUGUAUGAGAGAUCGGGGGAGAAAUGG